AUGGCAGGCCUGAACCUCCUCGGCCUCUCCCGCGCCUCCGGCAGACGACCCUCCGUGAGUCGCGCUCGCUCCGAUCCCCACUCGCCCUCACUUUCUCCCGCCCUCCCUUCCGCCGUUCCUCCCGCCCUCCCGCCUGCUCUCUUCCAUCCGUGCCGCUCUCCCUCCCCUCCCCUCCGCUCCGCGGCACGCGCACGCCGCAUUGUCGCCCUCGUCGCUCCAUUCUUCGUUCCACGCCCCUCCGCGCAAGCCGAAUCUCCCCCUUCCGCCAGUACCGCUCAACACUCUCUUUCCCCCUCCUCCCCAAUCUCCCCCAAUGCUCUCUCCCCUCCCCUCCCCUCUUCCGCGCCCGCCCGCACAUCAGGCGCGGAGGCGCAAGGCGGGUGCGCGGGAGGGCGGGGUGGUGCUGCCGGUGCGGGCGCUGCUGCUGCUGUGCGCUGCGUGCUUGGCGCUCGUGCUGCUCUCCGUGCUCGCUGUGGUGCUCUGGGUAUGUGCACGGUGCUGUGGGCAUGUGUGCGGUGCUGUGAGUAUGUGUGCGGUGCUGUGGCCUCGCUGUCAUGGCGACAUCAGCAACUGGCCAGCGCGCUAGCCAACUCCAAUGCUGCUGCUGGUGCUGCUGGGGGGAGUGGGGCGAGUGGUGGGGGGAGUGGGGCAGCAGCAGCAGCGGCAGCAGCAGGUGACGGUGCUGCAAAGGAGGCGGAGAAAGAGAUGAACCCUGCAAAUCCCAUGCAUCUCCAUGCUGCCCCUCCCGCAUCCCCUCCUCCUCCUCCCAAGACUGUGCGCAAGCGGCGCAAAGCGAAGCCAACGGAUCUGAUAAACCAGCGGCGGUGGCAGCAGUUCUACCGCAACAUCGUCCUCAUUGUGAACUACAAGCGCCCCCAGCAGAUGCCCGUCACGCUUGACCUCCUGCACUCGCUCUACGGCUCGCUCUUCCAACGCAUCCUUGCUGUCUCUGAGUUUGGCGACGCCGACUUGGGGGUUCUCGAGUCCCCAGUCAAGGAGACAGGACACGGCCACGACUUGCCGCCCGGGUCACUGCACUACAGUGUGCUGCCGAAGCUGCUGACGUGGCACCCGAUGGCAGAGGGCUUUCUGUGGAUGGACGACGACACGGUUCUAAACUACUGGACCAUGAGCCGUGAUAACAAGUCGCGCAUCUGGUUCCUGGGUCCCAUGCACCAGUCGUGGCGCAUUGCCAGCCUCGACCCCAGCGGAAGCGUGGCGGGGGGGUGGGGAGGGCAGGGGAAGGAGGCGGGAGCGGUGAGGUACAUGGAGGACGCGAGUGAGCGCGUGGAGGAGAGUGGGGAGGCGCUGCAGCUGCUAAAGGAGGCCGUUUCCCAGGCACUCUCCCACCUUCCCCAGCAGCACCUGCAGCAGUACCAGCAGUCCAUCUCCCCCAAGACAAACAUCUUCCUGCGGGCGGCGUCGGACGUCUUUUAUAUCCCGCAGCGCCAUGCGCCUGCCAUGCGCUCCCUCGUCCCCAUCUUUGCCGACCAUCGCAUUGUGGCUGAUGCGCUCGGCGCGUUUGUGAACGGCGCGCUGGCGGUCAUCGGGUUGGGGCUCGUGGGCGUCGCGUUGUGGAUGCUGCUCGACGCCACGUACGGCGAGUGCCUGCUCCCCUACCAACUCCCCGUCAUCGUCGUCGGCGCUGCGCUGCUGCUCGCGGCGCUCGUCGGCUUCUGCGGGCUCGCAUGUGACUCGAACUCGCUCUCGUGCCUCUACCUCGUCGUCGCGCUUAUUGCCGUGCUCGCGUCCACAGCCUUCACCAUCUUCGCCUUUCUUGUAACGGGAGGGGCGCCGGCGCCUAUAACGAGUCGCAACCAGACGGUGUACAUCACGUGGGGCUUCUCGCCGUGGAUGCAGGCGCAGGUGGCAAACGCCACGUGGCCCGCAAUUCAGACGUGCCUCGCGCGCCGCCGCACGUGCGCGGACCUCCGCGUGUACGCGCCCGCUGCGCUCAACGGGACGCUGCUCCCACCCAUCGAGGCCGGCUGCUGCCUUCCCCCGCAAGGCUGUCAAAACCGAACCUACAGGCCCACGUACUACUCCUUCACAAGCGACGUUUCCACCGCUCCGCAAUCUCCCAGCGUCAUCCCUGCCGGAGCACCAGGAGGCUCCAACCCCCCACAAACCAGUGGCGGCAGCAGCAACAGGAGCCAGCAGAACUGCAGCGCAUUCAGCAUGGAGCCGCAGACGCUGUGCUACACGUGCGAGUACUGCAAGGGCGGCUUCCUGUACCAGCUGUACCAGCAAUACUCCCUGCUCAAGUUCGUCGCGCUAGGCGCGUCUGUGGCGCUCCUCGUGCUCUACCUCAUGGCCUGCUGCGCCGCCUUUACAGGCCUGGACGAUGACCCCGACUCCAAAGAAGCUGAUGCUGCUGCCGCCGCUGCCGCCGCUGCUGCUGCUGCUAUGACUGCGUGGGAGCAGCAGCAGCAGUGA